AUGGAAUCUCUCCGUUCGGUCGUGGCCUCCAUGGAUCAAGGAGAGUUUCUUUCCUCCACAUUCCAAUUUUUCCAGGACAUCAGCGUCGAGAGGUGUCUCGGUGAUCCCAUACCUGGACAACCUCCUGAUCAAGGCUCCAACCAGAACCCAGAAUCGGGAGAGCCUCAGUCUCACCCUUCAAACCUUGUCCUGUUUCAGUUGGAUGGUCAAUCAGGACAAGUCCAACCUAUCUCUCACUCAGUCUCUAAUUUUUCUGGGACUCCAACUCGACACUGCGUCUGCCUGGAGAAUCAGCUGGACCUUUUUGUCAGGAGUUCGGAUGCUUCUGAUGCCGAUCUUCUGCCGACCCAGGGUCCUGAGGAAGCUCAAUUUACUGUCACUGCACUUGACGGCAUGGUUGAGACCAUGGUUUUGAGUGCUCGGGGUUUCUCUCCCCAGUCGGCUGGAACAACAUUUAACUCUCAGUUCCCUUAUGGCUGCUCAUUGCCUCUUCUGCUCCAGCUUCAGAGCACCUACAGCCUGUUUUUCAACUCCAGCCUACUUCUCAGUUCCAGCAGCGGGACACAAGACCCGGGGGAAGUAGCGGAUGACGGGUUGGAAUCCACCUCGGAUCAUGAGGACCACUCUGCAGUGUCUGAUAUGGUGGACAGGUUGGUGUCAGCCAUCAGAGACACUUUCCAUCUGGAGGACCCAAAAUCUUUAGAUCCUGAUCCGGAAGUUUCCUUUGGCUGCUCUCGGCGUUCUUCCAAGGGUUUCAUUUCACAUGCAGAAUUUGACACCUUGUUGGACGCAGCUUGGAAGCAUCCAGACAAACAAUUCCGGGGAACCAAGAAGAUUCAAGCUCAGUUUCCCUUUCCUCCGGACCUGGUUUCCAAGUGGACAGCACCACCUACAGUUGAUCCUCCGGUUUCUCGCCUGUCCAAAUCUACUACUCUGCCUCUAGUGGACGCAGCAUCACUUAAGGAUCCUGCGGACAUAAAGAUUGAGAACUUUGCGGAUCCGUUCUGCCAUCUUGGAAUCAGACUGAAACCGACAGCAGAUCGGGGAGGAGAGGGAGAGGGAUCGUCCGUACAGGGAGAGAAAAGACUGCAAGCAGACAGCAGCACAUGCACGUCACCGGGGAGAAACGAAACUACAAGAAACACUCAUCACAAGCCUAUAAGAGACUGGAGAGACUGCAAACCACACCAGAUAGAGACUGCAACCCACAGCAGAUCACAGAGAGACUGCAAACCACAGCAGAUCACAGAGAGACUGCAAACCACAACCGAUCACAGAGAGAGACUGCAACCCACAACAGAUCACAGAGAGAGACUGCAACCCACAGCAGAUCACAGAGAGACUGCAAACCACAGCAGAUCACAGAGAGACUGCAAACCACAGCAGAUCACAGAGAGAGACUGCAACCCACAACAGAUCACAGAGAGACUGCAACCCACAGCAGAUCACAGAGAGACUGCAAACCACAGCAGAUCACAGAGAGACUGCAAACCACAGCAGAUCGGAGAGGAGAGGGAGAGGGAUCGUCCGUACAGGGAGAGAAAAGACUGCAAGCAGACAGCAGCACAUGCACGUCACCGGGAGAAACGAAACUACAAGAAACACUCAUCACAAGCCUAUAAGAGACUAGAGAGACUGCAAACCACACCAGAUAGAGACUGCAACCCACAGCAGAUCACAGAGAGACUGCAACCCACAGCAGUUCACAGAGAGACUGCAAACCACAGCAGAUCACAGAGAGACUGCAACCCACAACAGAUCACAGAGAGAGACUGCAACCCACAGCAGAUCACAGAGAGACUGCAACCCACAGCAGAUCACAGAGAGAGACUGCAACCCACAACAGAUCACAGAGAGAGACUGCAACCCACAGCAGAUCACAGAGAGAGACUGCAACCCACAGCAGAUCACAGAGAGACUGCAACCCACAGCAGAUCACAGAGAGACUUCAACCCACAGCAGAUCACAGAGAGACUGCAACCCACAGCAGAUCACAGAGAGAGACUGCAACCCACAGCAGAUCACAGAGAGACUGCAACCCACAGCAGAUCACAGAGAGACUGCAACACAGUGCAGAUCACAGAGAGAGAGAGAGAGAGAGACUGCAAUCUACAGGAGGUCAGAUAGACUGCAAAACACUGCCGAUCAUAGAGAGACUAGCAAGCCACAGCAGAUGAGAGAGAGGAGAAAGAGACUGCAACCUUGAGCAACAGACAUGACAC